GGAAUCAAUGGAUUUGUAUUUGUCCCCGCUUUCCAAUCCCGCAUUUAGCCAUUUACCAACACCCAACGGCAUCAAAAUAAAUAUUGCAAAAGCUGAAGUCUGCUUCUCAGUUCUCAAGCUCUGAAGUAAAAUUGUUGCAAGAUCAUUAAUUGAAUACAGAUUCUGAAAUCAAAACUUCCCACCCAAGUUAAACUACUUUCUUUCAGUUCUUAAGGAGACAUGGACCGAAAAGAAAGUCGCGAUCAUAAUAAUUCUCGAAAAAGAAGACAUCGUUCCCCAUCUAGGUCUCCGUCAAGAUCACAUUCAAAAAGUUAUGCCUCCGUCAAAUCCAAACAAAUAAAGGAAGAUAUAAGUCUCAACAUUCAGAGCGAAGAACUGUUGACAGGAAAAGGGAAUGAUGAAAGACCAGUUGCUAAUUCAACCAAUGAUACUUCCAUUUCGAUUGAGGAAACCAACAGAAUAAGAGCUGAACUUGGUUUAAAGCCAUUGGAGAUUGGAGGAGAAAAUUCAAAUGUUGAAGCCAGUACUGAGAAAAAGGAUGUUCAUGUCCCAGCAGAGAACCUCCGUGAAAAGAAAGCCACAGAAGAGUUGAGACGAAAACUAGAUGAAAGACGAGAAAAGAGGCAAAUAGAACAAAAGCUUGCACAAGUGCGCACUCUUGCUCAUACAACAGCUGAUGAUGAUGACAAUGCUGUUAGCUGGGUUGAAAAAUCAAGAAGGAUUCAGAAAGAAAAGGAAGAAGCUAAUAAAAGAGCAAAAAUGCUUGAAGAAAUGGAUGAAGCAUUUGGUGUAGGAGAUAUGGUAACUACUGAACUGAUUAAACAAAAAGCGAAAGCAUACACAAGUAGAGACUUACGAGGAAUAAAAGUAGAACAUGACCGGGAAAUGAUAGCUGAAGGGAAAGAAGUAGUAUUGACUCUUAAAGAUCAAAACAUCUUGCAAGAGGAAGGGGAUGUUUUGGUGAAUGUCAACCUUGUUGAUAUAGAACGCUACAAAAAGAACAAUGAAAUCAAGAAACAGAGACCGGGAUAUCAGCCCUAUGAAGAGGAAGAAGUUGAUGAAUUGGGCCUUCCCAAACCAAAGCUCUUGCUUGCUAAAUAUGACACAGAAAUAGAAGGAGAAAAACAUGAUAGCUUUGUCCUAGGUAAAAUUGGAGAUGAAGAAGCCAAAAUGAAAGCCCAAAAGUUGAUGAAAGACAAACUCAAAUUGCAACAGAAGAAAAUUGAAUCACUGGAAUCGCGACCGCUCCAAAUUGCAUCUGAAUAUUACACAGCAGAAGAAAUGGUUUCCUUCAAAAAAGUUAAACGUCGCGUCAAAAAGGUUCGAUCCAAAGGCGACGGCAUUUUAAAAGCUGACGAUCUUAUUCAAGAAACGCAAGAAACAACUUCGUCAGACUUGGGAUCGAGAUCUCGAAAGAAGAGAAUGGAUGAAGAGGUCACAGAAGAUUUAAGCGGAUUCAAGAUUACUGUAGACGAAUCCCAAAAAGAAAUACGUCAGGCACUAUUAAAAGCUAAUAAACUAAAAGAAAGGAAGGCUGAUCAGUGGGACAUGAACAUGAUUACGCGGUCAUUAAAACGCGAGCCUUUGGAAGAAACUGAAGGUAUGGAAGAGGAUCCUCUGAAGAGUAGUAUCAUACUGAAUGCCACAGCAGAAUUCUGUCGUACUCUUGGUGACAUACCAACCUAUGGUAUGGCAGGCAAUCGUGAUGAAGACGAAGAUGAGUUAAUGGAUUUCGAGCGACAGUUGGCAGAAGAACGCAGAAGAAAUCAAGAAAAAGAAGAACGAAAAAGGGAGGCUGAGCGUCUUCAAGAACGCGGUGGAUGGAAUGUUCUGGAACGUGAAAACGAUCAAGGUUCCGACGACAGCAUGGAUGUCGAUCGUAAUGAAAAGGAUAACGCUACUGUUAUCCUGGACGAGGAACCUGAUGUCGGCUCGGGAAUGGCUGCAGCUUUGAAAUUGGCUAUGAGCAAAGGCUAUCUGGAGAAAGAAGAGAAAAAGAGGAUAGUUAUUUCUAAGUCCGCCCAAGAGCUGCAGGCGCAGCGCUACACCAUAGAAGAUAAAGCAGCCGAGGACGACAAAUAUUCAAGAAGAAAUCGUUUUGAUGGCCCGGUUGUAGAAUUUAAAGACAAAGAAGGCUACAAACCUUUGCCAAAACUUGAGUACAUCGACGAUAAUGGCAAGGCAAUGUCGACUAAAGAAGCUUUCCGACACUUAUCACACAAGUUUCAUGGUAAAGGAUCCGGUAAACUUAAGUCUGAAAAGAGGGCCAAAAAAGAUGAGGAUAAAAUGCUGAUGAAUCGAAUGUCCUCAACUGACACACCUCUGAACACGCUAAAAAAAUUACAAGACAAGCAAAAAGAAUUACAAAGUCCAUACGUGGUCCUCAGCGGGAAAAUGGCACCAACAUCAAUAGUAAAACCUGGCAAGGGAAAGAAAUGAGAAGCAUCAAAGAAGUAGAGCAUCUGCCAACAAUUGCUCGGUUGUCACAUUGUUUCCUUUCCACAAUUGACGCAGCCUAUCCAGGUCCACUCUUUUCUCUCUGGGAACUCCUUCCAUCAGGAAAAUGUAUGAUCCAAAUUCUUGGAAGGACUUUUGAAUGUUCAAUUUUGAGUUGUAUCCUCCACAAUGGCUUGAAAUACAUUGAAUGGUAAUGUUCAAAUCUAA